AUAAUUUGACAUUUAUACUAACCUAAUUUCUAAUAUCCAAAUAACAUUUAAUAAUUAAAAACCCGAAUUAUUGAGUGAAAAAUGGAUCCAAAACAUCAAAAAAUGCCCAAAGUGGCAAAGGUAAAAAAUAAAGCUCCAGCAGAAAUUCAGAUAACAGCGGAACAACUAUUACGGGAAGCAAAAGAACGAGAUUUAGAAAUUCUACCACCGCCUCCGAAACAAAAAAUAUCAGAUCCAGCUGAAUUAGCAGAUUAUCAAUUAAGACGAAGAAAACAAUUUGAAGAUAAUAUUAGAAAAAACCGCACUGUUAUUUCAAAUUGGAUUAAAUAUGCUCAAUGGGAGGAAUCUCAAAAGGAAAUUCAAAGGGCGAGAUCGAUAUGGGAAAGAGCCCUCGACGUCGAUCACAGAAAUAUUACCAUUUGGUUGAAAUACACGGAAAUGGAAAUGAGAAAUAGACAAGUUAAUCACGCACGAAAUUUAUGGGACAGAGCUACCGUUCUUCUACCAAGGGUUAAUCAAUUUUGGUAUAAAUACACUUAUAUGGAAGAAAUGUUGGAAAACGUCCCAGGAGCUAGAGCUGUGUUUGAGAGAUGGAUGGAGUGGCAACCGGAUAUACAAGCUUGGCAAACAUACAUAAACUUUGAACUUCGAUAUAAGGAAAUAGAUAGAGCUCGACAGAUUUACGAAAGAUUUGUGAUGACACAUCCUGAUGUGAAGAAUUGGAUCAAAUACGCCCGUUUUGAGGAGAAUCACGGUUUUAUUCAUUCAGCUAGAACAAUUUAUGUUAGAGCUGUGGAAUUUUUUGGCGAUGAACACAUGGAUGCGAAAUUAUACCUUGCGUUCGCCAAAUUCGAGGAAGGUCAAAAAGAACAUGAACGUGCUAAACAUAUCUACAAAUACGCCCUAAAUCACCUUCCGAAAGAAGAUACAAAAGAAUUAUACAAAGCGUAUACCAUUCACGAGAAAAAAUAUGGCGAUCGAAGUGGUAUCGAAGAAGUUAUAGUAUCAAAAAGGAAAUUACAAUAUGAACAAGAAAUUUUACAAAACCCAACGAAUUAUGACGCUUGGUUUGACUACCUUAGGUUGGUAGAAGGUGAAGGAGACAUUGAGACCACAAGGGAAACUUAUGAAAGGGCUAUAGCUAAUAUCCCACCAUCAAAAAAUAAACAAUUCUGGAGGCGAUAUAUUUACCUAUGGAUAAACUAUGCACUGUUCGAAGAACUUGAAGCAAAAGAUUAUGAACGAACAAGACAGGUGUAUAAAGCUUGUUUGGAAAUUUUACCCCACAAGAUAUUCACAUUUUCGAAAAUAUGGCUUCUCUACGCCCAAUUUGAAAUCCGUCAAAAAAAUUUGACUACUGCUAGAAAAAUAUUGGGAACCUCAAUUGGAAUGUGCCCCAGGGACAAACUAUUCAGAGGUUACAUAGAAUUGGAGAUUCAAUUGAGAGAAUUCGAUAGAUGUAGGAAAUUGUAUGAAAAAUUUUUGGAAUUUGGUCCAGAAAAUUGUGUAACAUGGAUGAAGUUUGCUGAACUGGAAACUUUGUUGGGGGAUUCUGAUAGAGCUAGGGCUAUAUACGAAUUGGCGAUUAAUCAACCCCGAUUGGAUAUGCCGGAAUUGUUGUGGAAGGCUUAUAUAGAUUUUGAAAUAUCACAGGAUGAACCGGAUAAUGCCAGACAGAUAUACGAACGGUUAUUAGAGAGAACUUCCCAUGUUAAAGUAUGGUUGUCGUACGCUAAAUUCGAAUUGAAUAAUUCAAACGAAGAUGACAUAAAUAUUCGUUUAGCUAGAAGGAUAUUCGAAAGAGCCAAUGAAAAUCUAAAAGAUUUUCCUGAGAAGGAAUCUAGAGUGCUGCUAUUAGAAAAUUGGAGGGAAUUCGAAAACAAUCACGGAGACGAAUCAAGUAAAGAAAAAAUCGAAGCUAAAAUGCCAAGAAGGAUCAAAAAGAGAAGGAAAAUCGUCGAUGAGGAUGGUGUAGAACAAGGUUGGGAAGAAGUAUUCGAUUAUAUUUUCCCAGAAGAUGAAGCCAGUAGACCAAACCUUAAAUUACUAGCAGCGGCUAAAAAUUGGAAGAAACAAGCAAAUACAGAAGAAGAAGAUAAUCAAAGUGAUAGUAACAGGAUACGAGAAAAAUUGUUGGCUUCUGUGAAGAAUUGGAAGAGGCAAAACGACGUCAUAACCGAAAAUAAAGAUGAACAAAAUGAAAAUAAUACACAAGAAGAGAGUGGAAAUGAAACAUAAGAAGUGGUGAUUCAUCGUAAGUUUUUUUUGUUAUAAAAAACGUUUUUUAAUAAACUAUUUGAAUAUUA